AUGGAAGAGUUUGGACAUAAUUACAUCAACAAAAAUCAAAACUUCACCCAUCUCUUCACUUUCCAUAUUAUGCCAAUAAAGGCGAUGGGACAAAGUUUGCAGAAUUCUUGGGGAAGCUGUAAGAUAAACGGGACAAAACCAGGAUGUACUAAAGAAGCAAGAUUGUUGAAAUGUGACAAAAUGUUCAUUCGAUUUGACAAAGAACACUUUAAAAUUCUUGUUCAUGAUGUUCCAGUCGCAAAAAAUAGCAGUUCAACAGUUGGGAACAAAAAUUUGGAAUUUUCAACAACCCAAAAUAUCGACAGAAUUAAUAAUGAAGACACUACAACUGACGAUAAUGUGAAAAUUACAAGGAUUCCAACCUCUACCGAGUCUUCAGGAAUGUCUACAAUUACCAUUGUUUUGUUUAUUUCUGGCGUUGUAGUUUUAAUUUUUGCAAGCAUUGUUUGCGUUCUGAUUUGUAUUUUGUUUCGAAAAGAGGAUAAAGAAGAAGAAGAAAACGGACAAAGUAAACAAGAAGAAAGUCAAGGAAGUUAUAUACGUUCAACUCAUUCAACUCCAAAAAAUUCAUUAAAAGAAUCCAAUGUUGAUGUUGAAUUGCCUCCUCUUCCUGCUAUUGAAGAUGAAAAACAGAAGGAAGAGAAACAUUUUAAUGAUGCUUCUACAGUCGUCGAAACUCAAUAUCAUCAAGAAUUCAAUGAUGUUGACUGUUGUGACUACACAGAUCAAAUAAUCAAAACUUCACCCAUCUCUUCACUUUCCAUAUUAUGCCAAUAA